GCAGGCGUUUAAUGCGAUGUUUUUUGGGAGUUAUAAGGGGAACGUGACCGCUUAAGUACUCUCUCCCUUUAAGGGAAAUAAUUGAGGGAUAGUGCGCGAUGGCGACGCCGGAGAGGAGCUCGAUCAACCAAACGCCGGUUAAAUACGAUCCGGUACCUUUCGCCACCACAGCGACCGCCGACUCACUCCAGCAGCACGAGUCGAUCAUGUCCGCGUUCGCGCGCCAUCGCGAAAGCUUCCGGCGCCGCGCGGCGGACACCCCAGAGUCGCCGCCGUCGCGCACGUGGGGGCUCUUCCUCGCGUUCCUCGGCGUCAUCUGCGUGAGUCCCGAUUCGAUGCUUUUGCGCUCGAUGCAUGCUGUUGGUGCGAGCACGACUGCGGUCGUCUCCGCCAAGUACUUUGGCGUCGCCUUACUGCUCACGCUGGUCGCCGCCGUCUAUCCCGCGAAGGUGAAGCGGGCGUUUGUUUCCCUGCCGCACCUCUUGGCCGCGGUAUGUUGCAACAUCCUCCUCAGUCUGGGCUUCACGCUGGUGCUGUUACUGGAUGACCCGGCGCGGUCGCUCCUCCUCAUCGCGCUGUCGCCGUUCUGGUCGGCGCUGCUCGGUCUUAUCUUGCUAGGCGACCCGCUACCGGUCCGGACGCGGUGGGCGCUGGUGUUUUCCUUCAUCGCUAUCGGUAUUGUGUUGGCGCCGCGGGUCAUUAACGUAUCUCCUGCGAGCUCCGACGAAAUCCUGGGGAGCAUGUGGCAUAUAUCAGCGUAUUGUGCCUUCGACUCUACUCCCCACGCCAUCGCCGCGACUCACGAAACGCAAUCCGCAGGCUUGACGCCACCGCGCUCGGAACGGGCCUCGCGCUAGGGAUCACGUACACGGUCUACCGACACGCGGGCCUGCACGCACCAGGAGCUGACCUGCUUCUGGCAACUUUACCGUCAGCGCUUCUCAUAGGGAUCGUCUGCCUGUACAUGCCGUGUGACGCCGCCGACGUUACUGUCGCAACGUUGGCGUGCACGCCCUUGGCCGUCUGGCGUUCCCGAUCGUUUCUAUGCCUCGCGCUCGGCGACGCCGUGUUGAUCGUUAUUGAUGUCUACGCCAUCGCCUACGCGCCGAAGCACGUGUCCGGAAGCGAGUGCGCGCUCAUUGGCCUCCUCGAGAACAUCCUCGCGCCCCUGUGGGUUUUUCUACGCUUCGGCGACGUGCCCUCGGCGUGGACCGUCGCCGGGGGAGCGCUCCUGCUCGCGACGCUCGUCGGCCACGAGGUCGCCGCGCGGGAGCCGGUGCGGGUGAGCCAGCCCGGCGCGCGCGGUUACCGUACAGUGAAUAACCUGUAGC